GGUGUUCCAAUCCCCUCCCAAUCAUGUGAUUCAGGUGUUCCAAUCCCCUCCCAAUCAUGUGAUUCAGGUGUUCCAAUCCCCUCCCAAUCAUGUGAUUCAGGUGUUCCAAUCCCCUCCCAAUCAUGUGAUUCAGGUGUUCCAAUCCCCUCCCAAUCAUGUGAUUCAGGUGUUCCAAUCCCCUCCCAAUCAUGUGAUUCAGGUGUUCCAAUCCCCUCCAUAUCAUGUGAUUUAGGUGUUCCCCUCCAUGGACACAGGAGCUCAGUGACUCCAAGUGUGAUGAGCACAACAGUGCGUAGAGAGCUUCAUGGAAUGGGUUUCCAUGGC